GGCGCAGUAGUUGACCGCGGCGCGCGCGCAGGCCACACGUGUACUAGAAGCAGAUCGCUACCCGACUCCGAAAAACGAGCUUAGAAGAUCUUGCUUAGUUUUACACGGUGUGUCGAGCAGCCGCAUGAUAAUAAAAACAAAAAACUGUUUUGUUUUUUUGUUAAGAUGUUAUUGUUCGUAAUCCCAGAAAAAGUGGACAUGUCUUUAUCGAUACAAUAAACUUAACAGAGGUGCGAAUUCAUUGAUCCGCGGCGAGAUGGUCAACAACUAUGUGUGGAUGUUUUUUGUGAUCCUGAGAUGUAUUCCUGUAUCGCCUAAGCCAACGCAUAAUCUGUAUGAUUCCUCACAAGAAUCAACACUGCAGCCGGGCUUUAGUGCUCAAAAUGUACCAAAGUAUGAAGCGAGUCCUUCGAGUGAUCAAGUCAUAUCUGUAAGAAUUACAUCAUCGGUCGCCGUCGGAAGAAGAAAAGGAAAACCACCACCGAGGAGUUACGAUACACAAUAUACGCAUGAUUUACUUACGCCUACAGCUUUUACAGAGACGAUUUCUACAAUAUCUACAAUUACAAACGAAAGUUUUAAGCAAGUGACUGAUUUACCUCCUAACUUGAUAGGAGCAAACAUCGAGUUCAUAAAACAACUCAAUGCGAAAAAAGAUAAGCUGACCUAUACACCAAAUCCAUCGAGCGUUUACCAAACACAGGAGAAAAAGGAAAUUUAUGACUAUGCGCCUGAAACGAAACCAGUAUAUGAAAUAGAUAGCAGUAAAGAAUUAAGUAUUGAAAGCAGCUAUAUUGAGUCAUUACCUAUAUAUCAUAAUUUAAAUGAAAAUGAGAAUUUUAACAAAAAUAGUAAUUAUUCAGACUCAAUCGCAGAACCCUCGUUAAAAUCAGUUCGAACAUAUAAAUCGGAAGCACAAGAUAGUGACGAUAUUAUACCACAAGCAAGAUCGAUGCCAUCUUCAUAUCACAGUAACCAAUAUCCAAAAAAAGAGAUCUUAUUGCAAGAUACAGAAAUUGAACAAAAUAGAAAAAACAAAAGUGAUUCUGAUCAAACAUCAAGAAAUAUCAAUCCUAUUUCAAAUAUCACAAAUCAAGAAGAUGUUAGUCAUAAUAUUCCAUUAGGUAGAUCAAUAUCGAUAUCACCUUCCCCGGACAAUUAUUUUUCAGGGUUAAACAAUAAGCCUGUAAGUGCACAGGAUAUUUCUGCGAGUCUUACAACCGUCAGUUUUAAUGUGGUGCACGAUACACAGAAACAGGCAAAUAAUUAUGAUCAGGCGACAACUUCUAAUGAAAAUCCAAUCUCAGAUAAUACCAAAUUUUACGAACCUCCAAAAAUAUACAGUCAACCGGCGCAAAUUUACAGCGAACCAGCAAAAUUCUAUAGCGAACCUGCGAAGGUGUACAGCGAGCCAGCCAAGAUAUAUAGUGAGCCGGCUAAAAUAUACAGCGAACCCGCCAAAAUAUACAGUGAGCCGGCCAAGUUCUACAGCCCCCCGGCGUCUCUGCACCUGCCGCCCGUGCCAGCGGACUACAGGCCGUGGCAGCAGCACUCGCAGAGUCUUGACAUCACCAGUACCAGUAAUACUACUCCAACAACCGUGGGAACUAGUGCAAACUUACCCAGCACUAAAAGAAAUCACGAACAUCAGCCAGAGAAAAAUUACGAGGUAGAUGAGAAAAUAAGCGUAUUAUCAGAAGGGAGAAUACACGGCGUUCAGGAGUCUACGACUGAAAAAUGUAAGGAGGAUAAUUGUAAAGUUGGUUAUGUGGUAGAAGGGCGUCAGUACAAGAAAUAUAGAGUGGAGGAGAGGACAUCGGAUGGGUUCAUAGUCGGAGAAUACGGUGUUGUGAGAAACGAAGACGGUGCGCUGCGCGGCGUGCGCUACACGGCAGACGGUGACGCCAGCCCGCGGCUCAUAUACGACGCGCUCAUGAAGUUCCUACAGCUUAAAUGAUUAUAACUCUAUUGUGAUGUGUCAAAUCAAUAAAACACCCAUAAACUUAUUUGCUCAUUUAAUAAUAAGUAUAAUAUUCAUUAAUAUCCAACAAUACAACUUACAUUAACAGUUUUAAAAGGCUGACAGACUAUUUCGUCUAUUUUGACAAAAUAAAUAGUAAAGCCAUUCUUGAUUUUGACUUCACUAAACGACAUCGGCUUUUACUAAUUAGAUCAUUCGCAUCGCAUUAGUUUUGCCUUGUUCCUCGAUUGUACUAAUUUGUAGCACUCGAGGCAACACGAAAUACACAAUUUUGUAUUUUCUUCCACUGGUUUAUUUCAUAAAUAUCCGAAAUCCAUAAGUAAGUUAGAAACAUAAUAAUGUCAUAAACGUUCUUCAGAUUUUUAUUUAAUAAUUAUAAAAUAUCUGCAAGAAAUGAGGUGCCAUGGUCGCUGUAAAAAUAUUUAAUUUUCAUUGUCUUGUACUUCAAGAAGUAUAUAAUAAUUGUAAGUAGAAUAAAUUCAAUAAAUAAGACAUAGCUAGUAAUUUUGUGUAAAUAGAACACUUACAAAAUAAAUGUUGGCAAAAGAA